AUGGUGACACACUGGCAGCCGUUUGCUAUGGAUCUACAAACAUUUCUGCAAAUUCUCUCGUGUUCUGCUAUUUUAACAACAGUUUGCCUGUUCCUCUGUGGAAUCCCAAUCUGCAUUGAAAUCAUACGGCGGAAAGGUACGCAAGACAUCAGCGGCAUUCCGUUCCUUAUGGGAUUCAUAGGAGGUUCUUUCUGGUUACGAUACGGAUUUCUGAAAGAUGAUAGCGUAAUGAUCAUUGUGAACGUUCGAAAGUUACAAUCUCACGAUGGGGGUGCAACUGUCGAGUCACUCCGCUCACGCGAUUACCGUGCCAUCGCCUUGGGACACGAAAAUUACCAGAAAUAG